AACAGCGAAACUUCUCAGAGUGAAGUAUUUUUUGCAAAAUGAAUCUUACCGAACCAUUAUUGCAAGUGUUUUGGCUGAAGAAGAGCUUCAAACCCGCUUAAACAAACAAAAGAAUUCCUAG